AUGGAAACUUCUGGCUUGCAAUUGGCGUUGCUACCACCCUCGUCAAUAAUCUCGCAGGCCAAAAUCCACCAUGGCAAUUCAUCUUCCCCCCCCAGCUUGGAUAGGACUUUUUGCCCACAUAAACACAACAGCAAGAAGACAAUGACAUACAGGCUCAGCUCGACGCUAUCGGGACACGAGCAGGACGUGAAAAGUGUAGCAAGCGCGCAAAUAAACGACCUUCCCAUCAUAGUGUCGGUGCUGAGAGACGCUACUACUCGCAAAUGGCACCAAGUCAACAGGUCAAGCAGCACUGAUUCGCAGAUCAUCUUCAAUUCACCGUCGCUGGCUUUCCUCAACUCCACUGCAAUCAUCGCUACCCCCCAAGGUCAUCUCGUAGCGAGCGGGUGCCAGGAUGGAAUGAUCUACGUCAAUGAUCUCCACGAGGACUCCUAUUAUAAAGGUGAUGGCGACUGCAAAUACCAAUUGAUUGGCCAUGGCGGCAACGUGUGCGCGCUCAGCUUUGCCCAUGGCCAAUUGAUCUCUAGCUCGUGGGACUCGCAUGCUAUAGUGUGGAACCUAGAAGACAUGUCGACGAAAUACGUGCUCAAGGGCCACGAAUCUCUGGUGUGGGACGCCAAGAUUGUUGCCCCCGACCAGUAUUUGACGGCGGGCGCAGACAAGACGAUACGGUUAUGGAACUUUGACCAUGAGGUGUUGAAGUUUGUGGGCCAUACUGACGUUGUGAGGAAAUUGGCCGUCUUGCCCCACGACAAAAAGGAGUUUGUUUCUUGUUCGAAUGAUGGCACUAUCCGGGUGUGGAAUUUGCAAACUGGUGAGAAUACCAAGGUGUUGCGCGGACACGAGUCGUUUGUUUACGAUGUGGCAUUGUUGCCCGAUGGCAAGUUGGUUUCUACUGGAGAAGACCGCACUGUUCACGUGUGGGACUUGGACUCGGGUAAGGUGGUGCAAGUGAUUACCUUGCCGUGUAUUUCCGUAUGGUGCGUCACCGUGUUGCCCAAUGGCGAUUUCGCAGUUGGAGGCUCGGAUAAAUUGAUUCGCGUGUUUACCCAGAACCAAGAGCGAGUAGCGCUGGCGCUGGAAUUGGAGGAGUUCACCAAAGCUGUCGAGUCGUCCUCGAUUUCGGAACAGUCGCUUGAUGACUUGAAAAAGACUGAUAUUCCUAGUAUCGACGUGCUCCGCAAACCGGGCAAGAAAGAAGGGGCUACCAUCAUGGUCAAGACUGCGCAAGGUACAAUUGAGGCGCACCAGUGGUCUGGCGGCGCAUGGCACAAGAUUGGAGAUGUUGUUGGUGGCGCGUCGAGCUCAUCGUCGAAAAAGCUGUUUAAUGGCAAGGAAUACGAUUACGUGUUUGACGUUGAUAUCAAGGAUGGCGCUCCUCCGUUGAAACUACCUUUUAAUUUAAAUGAAAAUCCAUACACGGUGGCGGAGAAGUUCUUGGCUGAUAACGAAUUGCCUCUGUCGUACACGGAGGAAGUGGUGAGGUUCUUGGAGACCAACACUGCUGGGGCUAGCUUACAAGAGAGCUUCCGUGGUAAUGCUGGUGCAGAGGAAGUUCGCCAUGAAUACUUGAACGAUCCUUAUUCCGAUGCAUACACUAGAACCCAUCAGGAGAGCAAAACUCACACUCACACGUCUGUGUUGCCCGUGUUGGCAUAUAUGACCUUUGAUGAUUAUAAAAAAGACACAAUUCUCAAGGGUCUCCAAAAACUCAACUCUGCCGAGGAAGAAGCAAAACACAAGCUAACCGAGUUGGAAAUCCUGCAAAUUGAUCACUUUUUAUCGAACCCACUGUCGAGCCAAGCAGCUAAAAUCGUCACCGACUACGCGUACAAGAUCAUCUACAACUGGAAACCCGCUUCCGCGUUGAUUGGGUUUGACUUGUUGAGGAUAUCGCUCCCUAAAAUAACCACCGUUGAUCUCAUAUCCUCGACCGAUGUUGCCCAGGCGUUUGACAAGGAGAUCGAAAGAGGGUUGCAGCUAGUCACCUCAUCAAACCCCGCGUUGCUCAUGAUGAUAUGCAAGCUGUUGUGCAACACAGUCGGCACGACCUUAUUCCUCCAACUGUUUGUGGACCCUCAAGAAGAUGGCUCUUAUGAGUACAACUCGAUAUUCAAGACAUUCUCGGAUAAAUUGGGUAAAAUCGCCACAACGGUGGACACAUCACAUAAGCUUUACGGGUCCUUAAUGACGGCGUUGGCUUCUUUUGCGUACGACUUGUCUGUUUACCAACUCAAGACCCCGGGAAUGCAAAAGAAUCCUCAGGUGGCUGCUGAACCCGUGCUCCAGUUUUUGCACAGCAUCGGGGACAACGUAGUGCACUCAUCGUCGGAAGCCGCGUAUAGACUAGCUGUCGCGUACGGCAAUCUCAAAUGCGCCAAAGCGUGUACGUCUACAUCACCACCACCAAGUUGGAUUCUUGCUGCUUCGGAGUUGUACGUUUCCAAAGGUGAGACCAGAUUCGUUGAUUUGGCAAAAGAUAUAAAAUCGCUACACUAA